UUCUUUGGUGUUAUUCUUCAACAUCAGGGAGCAAGGACUCGUCACCGGUCAACAGCGGUAACAAAACUACACAUGCUCCACACCAAACCACUGCCAAAUUUGCUCGGCUCACGGCUCCCGGCAGAGUAAGGAACCCAUCUUUCUUUCACCCAUUCCACCUCACAUCAGCAAGUGCUCCUGGCUGUUGUUCCAAUCGGACCUCAAUUCCUACCACUACCCAGGACCCCUCCACCAGGCUCUUCCAAGGACCUCCCCAGCACAAGUCCGUGGGGUCAGCGCGCCCUGCCCUUCCGUCCGGCUGGGUGGGCCGCAGGGAGCUGGCCUCCCAGCGCUUGCCUGGGAGGACCUGGUGUCUCCGUUUCCACCCUUACGCUCCCGCCCGUUCACAACCAGUAGCCAAAGGGAUCUUUUCAAAACCUAAGACUCGGCCCACCGAUUCUUCUUCCUCGGCGACCCGCUGUUCCUAAACACAGUGCACCCGGCGCGGCUGCGGCUCCCCACUGUGGGCUCCCUAGGCCUCCCUGGGCGGCAAGUCCCGGCGGGCCUCAGGGCCUCUGCACCUGUUUCCUGGGAAAGCGUUUCUCUUUCCUGUCACCCUAGUGCUCGCUGGCUCACCCAUACAUGCCUUCGUCUUCCUUCAGGUGCUGCCUACCACAAGCGAGCACACGUGCACAUGCGCCGUCGUCACUCGACCACGUGGCCGAGAGGUGUCGCCUCCCGCCGCACCCCAGGCCGGCGUUCAGGUCGGCGCGCUGGCUCUGCGCAGGCGCGGCGCACCACGAGCCGCCCGCUCCGACUACAACUCCCAGAGACUACAAUUCCCAGCGGGCAGCGGGGCGCUGGCUCGCGCAGGCCGCCGUGUUGGGCGGCAGCGGAAAGAUGGCGGACGUGGCCGUGGGCAAGGACAAGUGCGGGGAGCAGCGGCUCGUGUCGCUGCCCCUGUCCCGCAUCCGGGUCAUCAUGAAGAGCUCCCCCGAGGUGUCCAGCAUCAACCAGGAAGCACUGGUGCUCACGGCCAAAGCCACGGAGCUCUUUGUUCAGUACCUAGCCACCUAUUCCUACAGACAUGGCAGUGGAAAAGAAAAGAAAGCACUGACUUACAAUGACUUAGCGAAUACUGCAGAGGAAUCGGACACUUUUCAGUUUCUUGCAGCACCACCUAUUCUUCAGUAUAGACAGAAGAAGUCAAAAACAGCCCAGAAUGAGACCACCAGGAAUUUCAGAGCAGCAUGGAGCUUAGAAAUAAGGUCUCCAGCCUCUGAUGACAUGGAGAAGGGAAUCGAGAGCAGCAUGAACAGAAAGGAUCCGCCACAUUGCUGUCUGCCAUGAACGUCGCACCCUUUCCUCAGGAGUGUCUGGGAAGCCUUCUUAACUUUGGAAACCUGCCUCCAGACAGCUGUGAGCCCACCCUUCCUCUGCUCCUGGUCGUCAGCACCUGCACUGGGUGGGCCAGGAGAUGGACCAGCAGCAGUCCAUCUGCUGCUCAUGAAGAAGCUCUUAGAGAAUUCGCCAGAGGAAGAGGGGCAUGAAUGGCUACACAGCGAUGAAGAAAGUACUUAUGAUUUUUUUUUUUUUUGGCCGCCCCUUCAUUGGCACAGAAAAUGAAGUGAUAGCUUUAAAUAUAUGCAUAGAAGAAUUUGGAAUUUUUUAAACGGUAAAUUUGCUUUUAGACAUAAUUUUUUCCCCUUCCACAAGAGGGUAGUUGGGAUUCUGAUGUACUGCAGCAGUUGGCUGGGAAUCUAUCAAAUUCCAUGGCCAAUUGGGCUCUUCUCCCCAUCUGCAAUGUAAUUCUAUACUGAUUUUUCAAAUGCAUUAGGGUUCAACAUAAAAGGCACAAAAUAAAUAAAAAUAUUAUUAAAAAAACGGAAACUGUGAUUUCAAGUUUCAUGUGGAGUCAACAUCUCACUGUUUGGUUACUUUUUCCAAUUUAAUUUGACAGACUUAGUAAUAGCACCCAACUGUUUAACUGAGGUAGAUCCACAUUGUAAAGAAAGCUGGGUCCCCUCUAUUUUAUCUCUAAACUGAAGAUGCUUUUACAAAACAUAAAUCCGUUUCAAUCAUAUGCAGAAGCAAUGACAGGUGGCACUACCUGAAGAAAGCUUAUAGAACAUGAGCAGGUUUGCAAGUAAGACCUACACCCAAAUCGUACUCUCCAGUAGUAUAAAUAAAUCUCAGACUGGAGGGGAAAAAUCAAACAUUUAAAAAACAACCCUGAAAAAGUCUCUAGACUUUCAGAACAGGUCUUUUGGACUGACUGCCACAGAAAUGAACAACGGUCCAUUUUCAUCAAACAAGGGCAAUAGCUAAGCCAGACCAGAGAGAAUGCAGGGAUGGGUUAGGGUAGGGUGGGGUGGGGAGGGUGGUAAUUACUAGAUGCUUCCCUUUUUAACUUCAGAGAAAAACAUUUGUUUAUUUAUGAUAUAGUGUAUUGAUUGGAACAGUUUAAACUCACUCUGCCUAUCAUUUUUGCAUACUCUGAAUCUCACAAAUUUAGUAUCUAAUUAAGGCUUAAUUUAAAGUGGCAUUACCGCCUAGCAUCACGCAAACACUGGACACCCUCAUGACACACAGAAUGGUAUCAAACCAAAGAUAAUGACAUGAAGCCUCAGACUGGAUUUAGCAGGUACUAUAAUUUUAUAAUUAAUUAUACAAUCCAUGUAGCAAAUGAAAAAUUAUACAGAGAGGCCGACGUAUAUAAAUAAUGGUGUUUAUACAGGAACUGUCAAUUUACAAAACAGCACUGCAUGGUUUCCAUAUUGCAAGCACAAGACAUGUUCACGCAGAUCCACCRUGCAGGGACGACCGAGUCCAGGACAAUACAUGGAGUACUACCUGAAGUGAGGCCCUUUAGCUGCUCGACUUCUUAGAAAACAGUAAACUUCAAAUGGUCAUAAUACAUUUUGAUUCAAAAUGUCUUCUAUAAUGUGUUACUAUUGGGUAAAAUUAAGAAGGGGCAAGAUCCAUUAUGGGACUUUUGAAUUCAUUUUUGGUUCUUUUUCAAUUAUUUUAUAAAAAUAAAAUAAAACUAGAAAAAUUGAUAAAACUAAGGGCUAAAGCCCCUCAAUACAUAUUAGGCAAGUGAUCUUGAAGUGUACCGGAGGUAAGGAAAAUCUGGAUUUAGAUACUACAUUCUCUGCUUAUAUUUAAUGAGCUCUUAGCCACUUUGCUGCACAGAAACUUACAAUUAUUCUCUUAAAACUUUUUUAAAAAUAAAAAACUCACUUGCCUCUACAGUUAUAAAACAUGAAUUCAUACCUUUAACAACUAUUAAAAUCCACUAUCAAACUCAGGACUUGAAUUUCAGUUGAAUGCUAAACUACAUACUUUAGAAUCUUAGUCACAUGGGUCUAUUUGGCUUUGAAGAGGAACCAGAAUUGUUAAUGAAUCACCCUCUCUGCAGCCAGUGACUCUGCCAAGGGAAAGGCCUUUUCCAUAUAUUUAAAAAAUAAACACGAUGGAUUCUGUCUCCAACCAAAACCCACAAGGUCAUCCCUUGACAGGGACGGGUGGUUUUCAAUUAGACCACUGACCAAGAAGCUGCUCAAUACCUGGCUUGGAAAAGCUAGAGAUGAAACUGCUCCUGGAAGCGGAGCCCUCUGUGCACAGCUCAGGUGACACCAGGCCCAAGUAAAUGGCGUCCCCGAAAGUCACAAAACAGCAACAACAAGAACAGAAGGACUUAAGAGCACCUUACGUCUGAGGACGUCACACACAUUCACAAACACAUGAUUCCAACUCCUGUUUCAACAAUCUACUUCCAUUACAACAGACAUUCUUGCUGAGUCA